GCGACGCUUGAAAGCACGAUGGCCGACCACACUCCGAGUCGUCAUGAGAAAAGUUUAGGACUGCUAACAACUAAGUUUGUAUCGCUUCUUCAAGAAGCAAAGGAUGGAGUAUUGGAUCUAAAAGUCGCAGCAGAUCAGUUGGCUGUACGACAAAAGAGGAGGAUAUAUGACAUCACCAAUGUCUUGGAAGGCAUCGGGCUAAUUGAAAAGAAGUCCAAGAACAGCAUUCAGUGGAAAGGGGCCGGGCCAGGGUGCAACACCCGUGAGAUCUCAGACAGACUUGUCACCCUACAGAGUGAUAUUGAUGACCUCGAACGCCAAGAAAGGGAACUUGACCAGCACAAACUUUGGGUGCAGCAGAGUAUAAAGAAUGUCACAGAUGAAGUUACAAAUACCAGAUUGGCAUUUGUGACGCAUGAGGACACCUGUAAGUGUUUCAAGGGGGACACACUUCUAGCCAUCCAGGCACCGUCGGGGACACAGCUAGAAGUCCCCAUUCCAGAAAUUGGUCCAGGGUAUAAGAAGAACUACCAGAUUCACCUGAAGAGCCACGCAGGUCCUAUCAAUGUCCUACUUGUCAACAAAGAUGCCGAUUCAACAAGUCCAGUCGUUGUGCAAGUGCCACCACCGAAAGAUGACACUGUUGAAAACCCAUCCAAUCAAAAUGUGGACCCGACCACGCAGGGACGUACAGGUCAAAGGUCACAAGGAAAGCGUUCUCCCGUCAAGUCGCCACUGAAGCAGACACAGCAGGCCAGUCUGGAGACAACAGCACCUGUCACCAGGAUGGCAACACGGUCGUCCCCCAGGAAAAAUUCACAAGAGCAGUUUCCACAAGCUUCCACAUCCGCAUCUACCUCCGCAAGCUUCCCAACAACACCAAGUGGCCUUGACUCCCUUCCAUCUGAUAUGCUCUUUGACCCCUCACGGAGCGACUAUGAUGUUGAUGGAUCUUUCAUCGAUGACCUCAUUACUUCAGAAGCAUUUGCCCCCCUCCUCCGCCUAAGUCCGCCGCCAAGCGAUCGUGACUAUUACUUCAACCUUGACGAUACCGAGGGAGCCUGUGACCUCUUCGAUGUGCCACUAUUAUCCAUUUGAAGAUAUCAGCAGUAGCAACCUAAACUGUCGUCUUCAAAGACUUGAAGAUCCUCAUGCAAAUAGUGCUUACCAAUUGUGUUCGUGCAUGUCAGCCAAUCGGAUUGGUGCGCUAAUGACUCAACCAAUCAGUUUGGUGCAUUUUGGGCUGGACGUUCAACACAUUUCCAUCUGUCUCAUGGAAUUACGAUAGACAAGUUAGUGUCUCAUUGACAACCAAAGCAAGUAGGCGGGGCCAGAAUAGUGGCUGUGGUCAGUCAAACGUGUAACCUGAAGACCCAACAAGUGGGUGUGGCCAGUUGAAUGGAUCUGAAGCAGACUCGUCAAGUGGGUGUGUCUCCGACUUUGUCGCAGGCAGACACAAGUGGAUGUGGUCUCGCAAACAAUUGUCACAGGCACGUAACAACUGGGCAUGGCCUCACGAGUGGAUGGCGCCACACAAAUGGGCAUGAACGAUUAUCCUGUGCGUUACUGGCUGCCACAGGAACUGGGUGUGGACAACAGUGAAAAUAUAGCCACAACCAGUACAUUAAUUAGUUCAUGAAAACAGCUUCACUUACUCUUAUUAUGCCAUGUAUGUUGGAACUACAAUAUGGCUGUUUUAUCUUCCAAAUGAUUAUCUUGACAAAUUUCAGCUUGUAUUGUUAGUAUAUAUUGAUAGUCUAUUGAUACAAUCUUAGUAGGGCUGGGACGGGUAACUCAGGUACUCGGGUCGGGUGGGUCCUGAGUAGGAGCCAAGUACCCAUAGGACUACACGGACCCGUGGUUAGUCAUGUGAUACAUUUGUUAAUGACAAAAAUUAUCUAGAACUCUAUGGUUACAUAACAAGUCACUAAUGUUUGCAUUUCUUUCUGACUAUGCACUCAUUCCUUCUGACUUUAAUAUGUUUGAAUAUAGAUAAAACUUCAACUUAAGUGUAUGCAUGACCAGAUUGUUUUAUAUGUGUAUCUAAAUGCAUUUUGCCAGGACUACAAUCCAUUUUGUACCCAACUCUUGAGACCUACAUCGGGUACCUGGGUAGGGUCUGGUAAUAGCAGGGUGAGUACCAGGGUAUUAAAUUUGGACUUGUCCCAGCCCUAAAACCUAGACACCUGAAUAUUGUGAAGGAAACAUUCAUCUUUCUGUGUACAUUUUUUUGAUACUAUAUAAUACUUAUCAUACUGUACCAUGAUGGAUAGUGAGGUUAGGUCAUACUGGAAACAGAAUUUGUUCCAAUUCUGUGGAUGCCUGCUUCUUAUGUAGAACUGACAUCUGAACCUCUGUCCACAUCAGGCAGUGUGUAAUUGACUGUUGUACAGUCUUGUUGAAUAACAUUGGUGUUAUUAAUCUUGUAUAUCAUGAAAUGUGUAAACAUUACCUUGCCAUAAGUAUAGGGGACUGAAAACUGUUUGAAAAUGUUACAUAACAUGGUGGUGGGGUACCGCAAAGUAUGAUACAGUCCUAAGACCAAUCCAACCGGCCCACCAUCACCCUAUAUAUAAAUAAACUAUCCCUGAAGCCUUAUUUUAGGAAACGGUUUUGAAAUUGGAACUACCGAGAGGUAGAUUAUAUAUGUUAACCUAUUGAUAUAUAGUUUAUAUAGAAGUUUUAUUCUCACAGAUUUUUCUUUCUUUGUAUUUCAGAGUUUAGCAAAUGAUAAGUUGCGAAGUCAAAUUAAAGUAAAAUGUUUAUUCAGUGUUGUUGCUCUUGUAAGAAAGAUCAUGAAAUAGUCUAAUGAAUAUUGAUAAUAACAUUCCUUUCCCUUGAAUGUGUUGAAGAUCUGAGAUUUUCAUAAUGUAAUUUUGUUUUUGUUUUCCUAUAUUAUCUGUGACCUUGGUAACCAACUGGUAUCCACAUGAAAAACGGUUGAAAACAAUUGGUUCGUAAUAACCACUUAUCAUGCUUAUCAGCUGAUGAUAGUGAAUGGUUGUUAAACAUGGGAUAAUGAUUUUAAUCAAUGGGUAACCAUGGUAACCAAGUUUAAGUAUAUGCGUAAUAAUUUAGUAAAAUUUAUCAUAAUUUAAAAUCAUGAUACUGUGCGUAGAAGUAUGUAUGGGGUUAGCUGUUUUCAAUAUUAACAUGAUAAUGGGACCAUAUUUAUUCAUGUUGUUAGAUGUGUUAAAUCCUAGUGUUACCAAAGGAAGGUUUGAACAACCUGCUAUCAUGAUCCUGAUAAUGGUAUGCCACAUUAGAGGUACUGUAAGGUGUAUAUAUUUGUAUGUCAUGAAAUUCCAUACUACAGUCCCAGAGUAGAAAGGUACGUUGUCAACUGUAAUUGAAAUUGCAAAAAUGUCAGAUGAAACGAUGAGAAGUUUAUUUUAUUUAUUUCAAGUUAAAAAAGACUGCAGGAUUGGUUUCAUUGCAAAAUAAGAAUCUCUAACAGUGAAUUAAAUUUGAAAAAAAAUUAUUUGGUCUUAUUGAAAUUGAAAACAUUGUAAUAUAUCUAAUAGCUUUAUAUUUGCUACCAUCUGCAUUAAUCUAGGGCACUAGGCAUGCUAGAUGACUGUUGGUUGAUUCGAGAAUAAAGAUUUGUAAUAGUUCACUAUUGCCCACAAAACAUGCCGAACAGAUCAAAUAUUCCCAAAGGGUUCCCAGCGGUUCAGCGACUGCCUUUUUUGGUCUGGGACUGACCUCACUGGUUGACUGUGCACAGCAUGCAGUAGACAUGUGACUGUAUAUCUUGUAUAUAUAUACUUCUGGCACCUUGAUGCUAUGUUACUCUCAUUAUUCCAAUGCUGUGUUUUAAGUAUGUCCACUGAUGUCCACUCAUUGUUGUAUAUUUCCAUGUUUUGUACGUUUUCUACCCACACUGUUCAUACUUUGCUCUUCAAUGCCCUGCAGUUUCUACAUGCAUGUGCUGUUGUGAUCGAUGGCCUCUCCUUCAUCUACUCUGUAGCAACUGAUACACUUCAGACAUCUUCUUGGGGGCACGGGUGGCCCAGUCGUCUAAGGCGCCGCGAUUCGCUGUGCAGAGUUGCGUCCCUUGGGCACGCCAGAAACCUUUGUUUGUGGGUUCGAAUCCCGGUUCGCCCCGAUUAUGUUUCUA